GGCGGAGGGGAUGACACCAUAUAGCGUCGCGACGCACGGCGUCCGAUUUAGUUUCCACUCGGCAUCACAUCAAAGUUGCAAAGUCACACACUAUCCGGAAAAAAAUUACCCUUGGCGAGGCAACAACAUCAACACAGUAACAAAAUGCCGGCUCGCAACAAGGAACAGGAAGGUGAAGUCCUUGCCUGGAUCGAGGCAGUGCUGGGCGAGAAAUUGCCCUCCGGUAACUACGAUGAUAUCUUGAAGGAUGGCGUGAUCCUUUGCAAUCUGAUCAACAAACUCGCGCCCGGAUCGGUUAAGAAGAUUCAAAGCAAAGGCACCAAUUUCCAGCUUAUGGAGAACAUUCAAAGAUUCCAAGCGGCGAUCAAGAAUUACGGUGUUCCGCAGGAAGAGAUCUUCCAAACGGCGGAUCUCUUUGAGAAACGCAACAUCCCCCAAGUCACCCUCUGCUUGUAUGCGUUGGGCAGAAUAACGCAAAAACACGACUGGACCGGGCCGAGUUUAGGGCCGAAAAUGGCGGACGAGAAUAAGAGAACCUUCACGGAGGAACAGCUUCGUGCUAGCGAGGGUCAGGUGAAUCUCCAAAUGGGUUACAACAAGGGUGCCAGCCAAGCUGGGCAUGGUGGUUUCGGAAACACUCGGCAUAUGUAAAUCUUUUUUAGAAACGAAUUGACGAAUACGUUUAUGUUACCUGCGCAUCUGUAAUAACCGGUUAAACCAUUGAAUGCGCGAUAUUUAUUGAUACGGAAUAUCAUAUUGAUACAAUAAAAACAUUGAAAAAAGUUGGAUUUUUUAACCACGUCUGAUAUGUAAAAUAACGUUCUACAACAUUAUUAUAACGCGUUUGGAAAAUUAUUUUUCGAAAUUUCGUGAAUGUUAUAUCAAGUAACGACCAGCCACUUUCUAAUUGUCAUUAUCAUAGUCGGCAUAUGUAAAAUCGAAUAUCUUGCAUUAGCACUUGUAUGUAUUAAAAGUAAUGCGAAGCGCUUGCGUUCAUCAAUAUCGCACAAACAGUUAUAUGUAUCUUUGCAGUAUUUAAUAACGCCAAUUAUUACUUUUGAAUCAACUUUAGACGUUAAUAUUCAGCGACUAAUGAAUCAUUCUAUUUCCCUUUUUAUAUCAAGUGUGAGUAACCAGCAGCAUUAAUUAUUAAUUUUCCACUUAGUCACGAAAGAGUAUACUUUUUUAUAUGAAUUUGUAACAGUGUAAUUUGCACGAAAAUGUAAAUACGAGUUCUUUUGGUCAUGGACAUCAUAAAAAGGCGCCUUAUAUUUUAAAGACAGAAAAAGAAAGAAAGAAAAAGAAAAUCUUAAUUUGUCGUGAUACGCACACAUGUAUAUGCAUAAUGCAUUAUCAUUUACAAGCAAGUUUAUUGCACAUUUAUAUCAUUUUGUAUUUACAUGUAUGUUGGAUUUGCAAGCAAACACUACACAGACAUAAACACAAGCAUAACACAAUACAUACAACACAAUGCACACACAUACACAUGUGCGCGCAAUUAACACAAUAUUGUAUACUUACACACACAUAUACGGACAAAACGAUUACUGCUACAUUGAUACAUAUUAAUACAUAUGUAAUAUUAGUAUGCGUGACGCAGAAAAUUCAAUAAAUAUUUGUAAAUUUUCAAUAUAUUUGAAGAGCAGUUUUACAAUGUAAUUAUCAGCUUUAAUUACAUGUAAUGUUUUAGAACAGAAAAUUUCAUAACACAGAUCUUGGCCAGCCUUAUAAAUUACAUUGUAUAAACGUGCAAGUUUUAUAAAUAAACGCAUCUCUGUAUCACCUGAA